AUACCAGGGUUGAAAUCAAAAUCACUCCGAGGGUGAGCUAAGCUACCUAAGCAAGUUAGGUUGAAGAAGAGAAGUUGCACUUCACAAAACUCACUUCUCCGCAACACUUUUUCACUUUUGGCUUUCCUAAGAUGAAACUGGCGGGGAUCAAAUCGGUAGAGAACGCUCACGAUGAUUCCAUUUGGGCUGCCACGUGGCUCCCCUCAACCGCCUCCCGACCGCCGCUUCUCCUCACUGGCUCUCUGGACGAGACUGUCAGGAUGUGGCGCUCUGACGAGCUCGUUCUUGAGCGCAGCAACACGGGUCACUGCCUUGGUGUAGCCUCAGUUGCCGCUCACCCCCUCGGCUCCAUCGCCGCCUCCUCUUCGCUAGAUAGCUUCGUUAGGGUCUUUGAUGUUGAUUCCAAUGCCACAAUUGCUACUCUCGAGGCUCCUCCUUCUGAAGUCUGGCAAAUGCGCUUCGACCCUAAGGGUGCUGUUUUAGCCGUUGCUGGUGGAGGUAGUGCGUCGGUCAAGCUUUGGGACACUAACACAUGGGAACUCGUUGCUACUUUAUCAAUUCCUCGUCCAGAAGGAUCCAAACCCACGGACAAAAGUGGCAGUAAGAAGUUUGUCCUAUCAGUUGCUUGGAGCCCUGAUGGCAAGCGGCUCGCUUGUGGCUCAAUGGAUGGCACGAUUUCUGUCUUUGAUGUUCAGCGUGGCAAAUUUUUACACCACCUUGAGGGUCACUACAUGCCAGUACGGUCUCUUGUUUAUUCUCCUUACGAUCCAAGGCUACUAUUUACAGCCUCAGACGACACUAAUGUCCACAUGUAUGAUGCUGAGGGGAAAGCUUUAGUUGGCAACAUGUCGGGUCAUGCUAGCUGGGUAUUGUGUGUUGAUGUGAGCCCAGACGGGGCUGCCAUUGCUACAGGUUCGAGCGAUAAAACUGUAAGACUAUGGGAUCUUGCCAUGAGGGCGUCCGUGCAGACAAUGAGCAACCAUACAGAUCAAGUGUGGGGAGUAGCAUUUAGACCGGAUGGACGAGGUGGUCGCCUUGCUAGUGUAUCGGAUGAUAAGAGCGUAUCCUUGUACGAUUACUCCUGAAUUAAACAUGUACUUUUACUUUCUGUGGAACCCUGGUAAGUGGUAACUUCUUAGUGCAUUAUUUACGGCAAACUGACUUGAACAAAAUGCAUGGUUGUAAAUGUUGUAUCCGUAUUUGAUUGAGUAUCCUUGUUCCCUGAUUUGUUCCUCGUUGCGAUCAAGCAUUAAAUUUAUAUUGCCAUUUUCUAAUUUAUCCUUAGCAAUGGGAGUGGUCCUAUCAGACCUAACCAAAUUUGUCAUGAAACAAAAUCUUGGUCUAAGAUUAUUCUAGUGUUGCUUUA